GCGGCAGUGGGUCGCGCUUCCCGGAGAUCCUGGGAAAGAGACAUGGAGGGGUGUGUGUCUAACCUAAUGGUCUGCAACCUGGCCUACAGCGGGAAGCUGGAGGAGUUGAAGGAGAGGAUCCUGGCCGAUAAAUCCCUGGCUACUAGGACUGACCAGGACAGCAGAACCGCGUUGCACUGGGCAUGCUCAGCCGGACAUACAGAAAUUGUGGAAUUCUUGCUGCAACUUGGAGUGCCAGUGAAUGAUAAAGAUGAUGCAGGUUGGUCUCCUCUUCAUAUUGCUGCUUCUGCCGGCCGGGAUGAGAUCGUAAAAGCCCUUCUGGGUAAAGGUGCUCAAGUGAAUGCCAUCAACCAAAAUGGCUGUACCCCCCUACAUUACGCAGCUUCCAAAAACAGGCACGAGAUCGCUGUCAUGUUACUGGAAGGCGGGGCUAAUCCAGAUGCUAAGGACCAUUAUGAGGCCACAGCAAUGCACCGGGCGGCAGCCAAGGGUAACUUGAAGAUGAUUCAUAUCCUUCUGUACUACAAAGCAUCCACAAAUAUCCAAGACACUGAGGGUAACACUCCUCUACACUUAGCCUGUGAUGAGGAGAGAGUGGAAGAAGCGAAACUGCUGGUGUCCCAAGGAGCAAGCAUUUACAUUGAGAAUAAAGAAGAAAAGACACCCCUGCAAGUGGCCAGAGGUGGUUUGGGUUUAAUACUCAAGAGAAUGGUGGAAGGUUAAGCAGCUUGGAUGUAUUCUUCCUGUGUAUGUUUCUGUGGUUGUCCCCAGUGUCCUGGAAACUCAUGUCCUUGUGCACAGUCCAUCGUCUGUGAACACUGAAGUGUUUUCGUCUUUAAAGUCUUAUAAACGUGUCGAAUAUUGUUCCUGCUGAGGUCUUUGUUCUAAGCUUACAACUAGCUUGCCAGGCAUUGAAUAACUGUUGAGGUUGUUCUACUCUUGUUGUAUAUUAUGCCAUACCGAAUUUGGGUUAAUUUUGAGUUAGUUGGUUCUGUGGCUUUGGUGCGUCUUUAGCACCCUCCCCUCUGAGGCAGAACAACCCCAAUAGCACCACGCUGUUUGUCACGUGUUUCUAAGUAGGUUCUUGAAUGUUCACUGUCCAGUUGAAACACAUCCUAACUUGUCUCUCAAGCUCACUCAGAGGCCUAUACCAAAAAUUUCUGUUUUUUCAACAAUACGCUUUGAUCUUUUUGUUUUGGGAGGAAUACAUAUAUAUUUUAAAGGACCAAAUUUUCAGUUGGAGGCCAUGCUAUCCAAGUUCAGAAUUCCUAAACACUAAAAUAAU